AGUACGUUCACUCCUGCCUUGACCCUUUUUAAGAAAACUUCCUAACCAACAACUACACGAUAUCAUUUCAAAAGAACUUAGCAGACAUUGUUUCAUCCUUCAACAAUGGCCCGAUCACAACAACGAUAUCGGGGUGUUCGACAGAGGCAUUGGGGUUCUUGGGUGUCCGAAAUCCGCCACCCUUUGUUGAAAACAAGAAUAUGGCUAGGCACAUUUGAGACAGCAGAGGAUGCAGCAAGAGCUUACGAUGAAGCUGCAAGACUGAUGUGUGGUCCAAGGGCCAGAACCAACUUUCCCUACAACCCAAACACGCCCCCACACACAUCUUCAUCCAAGUUACUCUCUCCUACCUUAACAGCCAAAUUGCACAAAUGCUACUUGGCCUCUCUUCAAAUGGCUAAAACAGCCCCACAAAGUAUGUCACCGCCACAAAGUAUGUCGCACAAUUACCCCGCCAUUUCUCGGAAUCUCCCCGCAGAAACCGCUUUCUGGUACCCGGAGAGAACCCCACAAAUGGCAGCACCACAAGCGGUGCUGCAGCCAGUGGCAGCCACCGCGGCCUCAAACUGGGCCGCGGUUGGCGGAUCGAUCGGAAACUGCAAGUCAAACAACACAAUGUUCAUAGAGACACUUGAAGAAGAUCACAUUGACCAAAUGAUUGAGGAGCUUCUCCAUUAUGGGUCAAUUGAGCUCUGUUCUGUCGUCGUGCCUUAAAUGGCCAUUCUUUCCUCAAAAAAUUUAACCACUAAUUUAAGGCCUUAUAUAUACACACGAACUUGUAUUUUAAAUUAUGAUUAAGGAUAUAAUUGUGUAUGGCCAACCAAGUCCAAAGCAAUAUAUGGGUGAAUUUUUACUCUUAUAUUAGAUCGUGUGGGGGUGCAAACAUAAAAUCCUCUCAUUUUUACUUGUAAUUAGUACAGUACAAAUAGAGGAUGCAAGUAGUUUAUUUUUCUCUAUUUCUAGCUACAAUUUCGUCCCUAGUAUUGGAUAGUUACUUGGGUGACGUCAAGAACGAUACAUGUAUUCACUGUAAUAUAUUUCUUCCAACUGUUAUUAAAGAAAUUUCCCUAAAUAAUUAGGGAGUAUUAUUGUUGUCGUUGUUGUGGUAAAU